AUGGCUCUAGACAAAGCAUUCAGUAUCAAGGACAUAGGUGAUCUCAAAUAUUUCUUAGGCUUGGAAAUAGCUAGGAGCAACAAAGGUAUCUCUGUUUGUCAAAAAAAAUAUGUCACUGAUUUGUUGAAGGACUAUGGCUUGAGUGAUGCCAAACCAGUUAGUACUCCCAUGGAGUAUACAUCAAAACUAUCCAGAUCAAUUGCACCUCCGUAUGACGACAUUUCAGCAUAUCGCAGAUUGGUUGGGAGAUUGGUGUAUUUGACCACGACAAGGCCGGACAUUUGUUAUGCAGUUGGCAAGUUAAGUCAGUGCUUGGACUUCCCCACAACAGCCCACUAUCAAGCAGCGAUUUGUGUGUUGAAAUACCUCAAAAAUGUCCCCGCUACUGGCCUUCUAUUCCCUACUUCUUCCGACCUCUAUCUGAAAGGCUUCACUGAUGCUGACUGGGCAUCUUGUCCAGAUACCAGGAGGUCAAUUUCUGGGUAUUGCUUCUUUUUGGGUGAUGCUUUGGUUUCUUGGAAGAGUAAAAAGCAACCUACUGUAGCGAGGUCAUCCUCAGAAGCCGAGUAUAGAGCCAUGGCAGCUGGUGUGUAUGAGGUUCAAUGGUUGUCCUAUCUUCUGCAUGAUCUUAAUAUUCCUAUUACUCAGCCUAUUCUCUUUUAUUGUGAUAACCAGUCUGCCCUUUAUAUUGUUGCGAAUCCUGUGUUUCAUGAAAGGACUAAGCACAUUGAGGUAGAUUGUCAUGUGGUGCGAGAAAGAGCUGUGUCUAGGUUAAUUAAGUUGCUACCUAUCUCAAGCAAAAAUCAAACAGCAGAUAUCUUCACCAAGGCCUUAGCACCUGGUCCUUUUCAGAACUGUUUUAGCAAGCUAGGCCUGUUCGAUUUGUAUGCUCCUCAAUUGAGGGGGAAUAGCACCAGUGAUUUUAUUACUUGA